GACACCUAUACAGAGGAGGAUACAUUUGGAUUCAGCUAAAAGUCAGCUCCACAGAGAAACUAAAUAGCACAGGUAUGUUCAAAAUGACAUUUAGGCAACUUUUUCCCUCAUCAUGAAUAUCGCAUCUCCUCCUAUUGGUUUCUACUCCUGAGCAUAACACGUCUCCAACAUGCCAUGCAGAGGAAUUUGCGAAUGAAUGACUCAGCCAUGCAACAGAAUGACAGUGCACAGACCCUGGCACCAGAGGUUUGUGAGCAGGUGCUGGAGGAUAAUGCUGGACUGGGUUAUGGUGGCUCUACUGGUAACCUGUCGCUGCGGUGCUGGCUGUAUUUCUUAAGCAAGGAAUCUAUCCUGGAUCUGCAGGGCGAUGGCUCCAGCAUCACAGUGCGUGUGAUGAUAGCUCUGGUGUACUCCGUUGUGUGUGCACUGGGGCUAGUGGGGAACUCUCUGGCACUCUACCUGCUUCACUCACGCCACAGUCAGAAGCAGUCUUCCAUCAACUGCUUUGUAAUGGGCUUGGCUCUCACAGACCUGCAGUUUGUUCUCACGCUCCCUUUUUGGGCUAUUGACACGGCUCUGGACUUCCGCUGGCCCUUUGGCAAAGUAAUGUGUAAGAUCAUCAGCUCCGUGACCGUCAUGAACAUGUACGCCAGCGUCUUCUUCCUGACUGCCAUGAGUGUGGCACGGUACUACUCGGUGACCACGGCCCUCAAGAUGCACAGCAGGCGGGCAGCGGCGGCUGGUGCCAAGUGGAUCAGCCUGGGCAUCUGGGUAGUGUCGCUGCUGGUCACCCUGCCCCAUGCCAUCUACUCCACCAGUGCCCAGCUGUACGACGAGGAGUUGUGUUUGGUGCGAUUCUCUGAGUCGGGCAGCUGGGACCCUCAGCUGCUCCUGGGGCUGUACCAGCUACAGAAGGUACUGCUGGGCUUUGUUAUUCCCUUGGUGGUCAUCACUGUGUGCUACCUGCUGCUGCUGCGCUUCGUGCUGAGCCAACGCAUCAGCGGAGCGACCAGCUCGGAGGGCUCGGAAGGCCGCCACAAGCACCGCUCCAAAGUCACCAAGUCGGUGGCCAUCGUGGUGCUGUCCUUUUUUCUGUGCUGGCUGCCCAACCAGGCGCUGACACUGUGGGGCGCGCUGAUUAAGUUUGACGUGGUGCACUUCAGCAACGCAUAUUACAACGCCCAGAACUACACCUUCCCUCUGACUGUAUGUCUGGCUCACACUAACAGCUGCCUCAACCCUGUGUUGUACUGCAUAAUUCGCCGUGAGUACCGCACAGGCCUCAAAGAGCUGCUGCUGCGCGCCACACCCUCCCCAAGGAGCCUGGCCAACCUGCUGCCCCGCAAGGCCAAGGUGGCAGAGGCUCCCCCUGACAUGGUGCUGGUCCAGAUGGAUGUUUGAGGCAUUUCAUGAAAUUCGUUUGUUGUGAAUGACGGAACAGCACCAUCACAAGGAAUGCCCAUUAAGAUGUGCCCUAUUUUCUUUCCCCCUACUCAGAUUCUCUUUGCCAGAUGUGUUUUUCAUCUGUCUCCUCCGGUGCUUCUCUGCCUUCCCGUAAUUUGCCAUGAAUAUGUAACAAGUAGCA